AUGGAUACCGCUGAAGAGAACAACAAGGACGCUUUCUACGGGGAAGCCAAUGCGCUGAUCUCUAGGAUACCCGGUCAGCAGAUGAUGGAUGUGAACAGUCGGAUCUCAUCAUCGCUUCCACUUUUAAGAAGAAUCAUCGACGCUAUCAGCUCAAGUGGCAAGGGUCUUGGAGCGAAUCAUGCUGGGCUGGCCAAUUCGAAGUCAAUACAGUCAGCCUUUUUGGAUCUCGAAGCCCCAUUCAACUCUUUUCGUUGGUACCGUCUUCUCAACGUGAUUCGCCCUGCUCCGAGCACUAGGAAGAUAGCUGUGGAUGCAAUGUUACAAAGCUUAUUCGUUAUAUUAUACAUGAUGAUCCCUGCAAUAGCCUCCAGUCUAAUUUGCGCCAAGAAACCGAAAAUGGAAAGUAGCAGUAGUGCAUCGGCAGAAAAGAAGGAACGUCCGAGUCGAAAAUUUGCUCCUGCACUGCAGCCUAAACGAAUUGCGUUGACUCGAAAAGAGGUUUUGAUAAAGGGCGGCCUACGUGCAGGAAGGCACGCUUAUCCUACACUGGAUGAUAUUAAAAGUGAUUGGAGCGAAAAAGAAGAGAAGAAUAAAGGAAAAAGUGAUGAGUUAGCGAAGAAGGGGUCAAAGGAUGACAAAGAAAAGGAGGGAGAUGCGAAAGCAAAACCAAUGGAACAGAAAUAUGGCGACAUGAAACAAAAAGAGGAGGAAGAACAUGAUGGUGCAAAAGAACGUGUCGAGCAGGAUAAAAAAGUGAUUGUAGGAUCAGGUUCAGCCGAUUCAAAACAAUCAAAAGAAUCUGAAAAGCAACAGGAAAAAGUAGGAGAGGAGAACAAUAGUAGUAAUGUGCCCAACGAUGGUCAUGUCGAAAAAAGGCUACGAGAAGAAAAAAAAGGGAGUAACGAGAAAGAAGAAAACGACAAAAAAGAUGUCAAAACUAAGUCAUAA